UGCAUUCUUCUUCUUGUUUUUCCACAUAAGAACUAAUGUAUCUGGUAAGGUCUGCCGGAUACUUUUUGUCUUGAUCCAAGAUAUUUCAUUCCUUUAGCAAAAUUAUUUUUGUUAAAGUGAUGAUAAAGCAUUGUUUCUCUUCCAAUCUCAUUUCCCUCUAAAGCUAAAAUCAUGUCUCUCAACGUCUUGAAACCUCUGUUUGAUUCUUUCCCAUGGCCCUGGAAAGAACCCAAUAUUGAGCAAAAUGGUGUAUUUUUCUCUUAUGUGCUUGGUAUUUUAGCUUUACUAUGGUUUCUUUGGUUUUUCAUCAAUAAGUCAGAUAAGGGACUGCCACCAGGGCCUAAAGCUUUGCCCUUGAUAGGUAAUCUCCACUCUCUUGAUCCUGAACUUCACACUUAUUUGGAAUCUCUUUCCCAAACUCAUGGCCCCAUUUGUAGACUCUGGCUUGGAAAAAAAAUUGGGAUUAUCAUUACUUCUCCUGCAUUAGCUCGUGAGGUACUCAAGGAUCAAGAUACCAUUUUUGCUAACAGAGAUAUGCCUGCUGCUGGUAGAGAAGCUACAUAUGGUGGCAAAGACAUAGUAUUGAAUCCUUAUGGACCAAAAUGGCGCAUGUUGAGGAAGGUUUGUGUUCACGAUAUGCUUAGUGGCUCUACUUUAGAUUCUGUUUAUGAACUAAGGCGACGGGAGCUUAGACAAACGAUCAAUUACUUUUAUAGUCAGGCGAGAUCGCCUGUGAAUAUUGGUGAGCAGAUGUUCUUGACUGUGCUUAAUGUGAUUACAAGCAUGUUAUGGGGUGGCACUGUGAAGGGUGAGGAAAGGGCUAGUCUUGGAGCAGAGUUUAGGCAUGUUGUGACUGAGAUGACUGAGCUGUUAGGUACUCCUAAUAUUUCCGAUUUUUAUCCGGGCUUGGAAAGGUUUGAUUUGCAGGGUGUCACAAAGAAAAUGAAAGUGUUGGCAAAGAGAUUUGAUAGGAUAUUUGAGAGCAUGAUUGAUCAAAGACACAAGAUGGAUAGAAAUGGUGGCCAGGAAAGCAAGGAUUUUUUGCAUGUUUUACUGAAGUUGAAAGAUGAUGAAGAUGCCAAAAUGCCUCUGACCAUGACUGAACUCAAAGCCUUACUCAUGGAUAUGGUUGUUGGUGGAACUGACACAACCUCCAACUCGGUUGAGUUUGCCAUGGCUGAAAUUAUGAACAAACCAGACGUCCUGAGGAAAUUACAACAGGAACUGGAGAGAGUUGUGGGAAAAGAUAACAUAGUGGAAGAGUCUCAUAUUACACAGUUACCAUAUUUCUAUGCGGUUAUGAAAGAAGCCUUGCGCAUACAUCCAGUGCUCCCACUCUUGGUUCCCCAUUGUCCUAGUGAGACUUGCACUGUGGCAGGAUACACUGUUCCUGAAGGAUUUCGUGUUUUCAUAAAUGUAUGGGCUAUACACAGAGAUCCUUCAAUAUGGAAAAAUCCAACUGAGUUCCAACCGGAAAGAUUCUUGGACGAUACAUGGGACUAUAGUGGAAAUGAUUUCAACUACUUUCCGUUUGGUUCUGGCAGAAGAAUCUGUGCGGGGAUAGCCAUGGCAGAGAGGAUGUUCAUGUAUUCAUUGGCUUCACUCGUUCAUUCUUUCAACUGGAAAUUGCCCGAAGGAGAGACAUUAGACCUUACAGAGAAGUUUGGGAUCGUGUUGAAAAAGAAAAUGCCUCUGGUUGCUAUACCUACUCCAAGGUUAUCCAAUCCAACAUUGUAUGAGUAAGAUAGAAUAUGUUACUCUAUCCUGGUGAUCUUAUGAACAACUAAAAGUUCAAACAUGAAAAAAAAAAACAGAAA